GGAGGCAACUAGAUGGCACUUAACCACCACAGUAUAUACAACGUGUGCUCUGUGGACCAUGUGCUGCUAUGUACGCCUUCAAUAUUUGAAAUGCACAUUUGGACAGACUGAGCCAUCUAAAUGCUUGGCUGGAUUAAGCGCUUAGUUAGAAUGGUGCUUCAGCAAGUUGGAGUAAACAUGCAUUCGGUACUUUGGUCUGGGAAGCCGUAUGGUUCAUCUCGAAGUAUUGUAAGGAAAAUUGGUACUAAUUUAUCUCUGAUUCAGUGUCCAAGAGUUCAGUUUCAGCUUACCAACUACGACACAGAAUGGCGUCCCAGCCAUCCAGGAGAGGAUGCAGUGGCGUCUUUUGCCGAUGUUGGAUGGGUAGCCAAAGAAGAAGGAGAGUGUUCAACAAGACUAAGGACUGAAGUCAGGUCAAGGCAUCCCCUUCAGGAUGACCUUCCUGUGUUUGAGGACCCCCCAAGCAGGCAGGUGUCCUCAGCAUCCCUGUCUCCAGAAGAGCCUCCACUGAGGAUGGCGGCCCUGGCGAGCGAAGAAGCCCUGCAGAAGAUCUGUGCUCUGGAAAACGAGCUCGCCGCCCUCCGGGCCCAGAUCGCCCAGAUCGUGACCCGGCAGGAGCAGCAGGCGCUCAGCGCAGGUGACUUAGAUGCUGUCACAUCUGUUACUGCAGCACCAUCCAUGGUCCCACCUCCGCCGCCGCCACCACCCCCGCCACCUCCUCCCCCACUCCCUGCCGCAGGGCUCCACCAAAGUAGAUCUGCCAUCGAUCUGAUCAGAGAACGACGGGAGCAAAAAGCCGGUGCUGGAAAGACUCUGGUUAACAACUGUCCAAAGAAACCUGACAUGCCAAACAUGCUAGAAGUUCUUAAAGACAUGAAUAGUGUCAAACUUCGUUCGGUGAAGAGGUCAGAGCAAGACGUCAAGCCCAAGCCCGUGGACAUGACUGACCCCGCUGCCCUCAUUGCUGAGGCUCUGAAAAAGAAAUUUGCAUUUCGAUAUCAAAGCGAGGUUGAAAAAGUAAUUCCAAAGUCUGAAUCAGAGACCACCUCGGAAGCCGUGUGGUUCGGGCCACACAUGUUGAAGUCUACGGGAAAAAUGAAGGCUUUAAUUGAAAAUGUUUCCAGUUCUUAAUAGACAAUGAGCUGAGAAAGACUCUUCGGGCUCAGCUGUGGGUGUAUUAGGACUAAAUUGGUGGUAGAAUCAACACUAUUUAGUAAAUACCUGACCUUGGCAUUCAGUGAUCUCCUUUCAAAUUUAAAUAGAGGACUGAGCAGUAACAAAAGCGCACCGAGUUUUGUUUCUUUUCAUGAGAUGGUCAAAUCUGGAGCUAUCUGUAAUCUAGGUGUGUUCAGACAUGUCAGCAUGUUCAGGUUCCUCAUCUCGAAACCAACGUAAGGGGUUCAGAGCCUAGAAAGGACAUUUCUGGAUGUAACUAUGAGGUUUUUAAUUUGCAAACACUAAUUUAUCUUUUUAAAUGUUUUAUAUGCAUAUAUUUGGAUACGAAACAGUCUUAUGUGGAGAGCAGUAAUGGCAUUGAUGAGGGUGCUGCUGUUGUCUUCACUUGCUUUCAGUGGUAACUUAUAAUACAGUGAUGGCACAGCUGCGAUAACUGAAGUUGUUGCCAUGAAAUAUUUAAUUUGAGAUUGGAAUCUCUUGCCUUGGGCAGAACUUGAUAUUUUAGAUUCUCUCAUUUUCUCGGAGGUGGGGUUUCAGGAGGAGCAGAAUAAUAUUCGCUGCUAAAAUUCCAUAGUGCUUUUUCAUAAAGGGAGAUGGAGAACCAUGCGAGCCCCUCCGUGCCUUUGUGCCGGGGAAUUAAAUGAAGUUGUUGAAUAGUGAGGAAUCAGUUUAGUGGAUUAAAUCCCUUCUUAUAUAAAAAACCAGAAUGUACCAUCUUUUUUGGGGGUUCAAUAAAUGGCAUAAUAAAGACAACUUGUUCUAAGUCGAUAACUUCUAGAAAUGUCAGCAUAAUGCAGUUUACAUUUUAAAUACUGGCCAGAAUAUUUGUUUUAUAAUGAAACAUUAUCAAAUAGGCAAAAUCAUUCCCCGUAGAUUGUUGAUCAUUGGUCAGGAUGCAGUUCCGUUGGAUUGCGCGGUGCAGCAUCAACUGUAGGUGUUGUUGGAGAGUGGGGCACUGCCUCUCGUUGAAGAUACCCAAGGGUUUAUUCUGGAUUGUUUGUAAAUGCUUGAUCAAUUGUCAUGGCUUUCUGUUUCUGAUGAACUCAGCUAUAGUUAAUGCCAGAAUCUCCUACCAUGUGUAGAUAUUCGGAUAUAUUAUUUAAAUCUAGAGAAAAAAUUUGCACUUCGGGGGGAUUAAGUUAUUGAAAAUAUGUGCAACGUUCUCUUUUAAGUUUAACAAAAAUUAGUCCUGGUAAUUCACAUGCUCUGGUUAUUUAGCCUAAAUUUGAAUCGGUGUAUUUUACCCACAUAGUUCAUGUACGUUGUAUGGUUUUUGUUUUAUAUGAUUUAAAUUUUCUGCCUUUAAGAAAACAUUCAGACAAUUCACCUGACAUGCAUAUGUUGACGUCCUUAAAAGUUUGUAUUUGUAUCAGUAUUGGAUUUUAGCCAGUUCUUCAAUAUAAGGAAGUUACUGUUUUAAAAUAAAGCCAACUUUUAUUUUCCUGGA